AUGGUGCCAAAAGCUUCCGGAUCGCUCCUGUCAGGGGCACGCAAGUCGGGCAUCUCACUCGCUCUCAACGGUGGCUCAGGACAAGCUGGAGGUGUUUCGCUUCACGAUCGCCUGUCGGCGAGAUCCAGAGUCACUAAUCUCGGCAUCCUUCUACUUCUCGGCUUUGCUGGCUUCUCAGCGCUCUUGAAUCUUCGCUUUAUGCUCUUUCACCGCAAUCCGCCUUCGAUACCGCAAGGCUACAUCGAGUUCAAUGGCCGCACUCCUGAAUUGCUCAGCGCCAGUGUACCGCCACCUCGCACGGGCACUAACCAUCUUAACCAUCUCGUCAUCGUCACUGGACACGCCAUCUGGGCGGGUUGUGAUGUCAAGGGAAAGGACAACGACGAGAAUUGGGUUCUCGAAGAAUAUCAGAAGGGCGGAAGCGUAAAAACCUUCUACAAGCACAUUGAAAAGGGAAUGCAGCUCACUGUUGAGGAUCCCAAUGCGCUUCUCGUAUUCUCUGGUGGUCAAACCCGUCCUAAUUCGCUUCAGACCGAAGCAGAGUCGUACUACUCGCUCGCCAUGUCGGCCAAUCUGGAAGUGCCGAUGAUUGCAGGCAGCCUGGUCAACCUGACCUUGCCAUCCUCUUCUUCUUCUUCUUCUCCUUCUUCGUCUUCGUCCUCCGCGUCUUCCUUCAUUGGCUCUCUCGCUCACGCCAAUGCAGCAGUGGCGACUCGAAAAGGUUUGCAAGACGCUCGCAUGACCACGGAGAACUAUGCUCUCGACAGUUUUGAGAAUCUGCUCUUCUCCAUCGCCCGUUUUCGCGAAUACACAGGUCAUUAUCCAGGACGUAUCACGGUUGUCGGCUACGCCUUCAAGAAGGCGCGCUUCGAAGACCUGCACGCCAAAGCGGUGCGCUGGAACACGCGAGGUUUCCUGCACAAUGGCGAAAGAACCUUCCAGUACGUCGGCAUCGAUGACGAAGGGCUCACGGACAGCGAGAACAUUGCUCAGCGCAGAGGUGAAAAGCUCAAGGCGUACAAUCUGUACGACAAGGAUAUGUACGGCUGUCAUGGUAGGUUGAAGGAGAAGCGCAUUGAGAGAAAUCCUACGCGACGAUUUCAUCCGUACAUGAGCUCGGCACCUGAGAUUGCUGAUUUGCUCAAUUGGUGCCCUGCCCCGAAUUCGGGCUUGCAGGGUUUGUAUCCGGAGAAUUUGCCAUGGGAUGCUAGGGUCACCGGUACGGGCUGGGGCCGAGGUGCUCUCGCCGUCAAGGCGAACAGUAAGGGCAACAUCAUUCCUGAUACAAGGUGGUUGCAGAUCGGACGCGAGCCUUGA